AUGUCAUCUGGACCGUCGAAAAUCAGUAGAAGUUUACCUCAUUUACAAAAUUUAAUAAAACGUGAUCCAGAGGCGUACAAAGAAGAUUUCAAAUUGCAAUAUUUAAAUUUUGAAAGUCAGUUCGUGGAAUUAAUGACGAAACCAGAUAUAUGGAGUAAAACAUUAGCCGAACAAAUAACGUUUAUUGCACAAGUUGCUCAAUGCUAUCGUGACGAGACAAAAAAUGUGUCACAAAUGUUUAUGGAUGUACUGAAACUGUAUUCAACCGUUUUGAAUCGCGAUAUGCGUUUAAUCUUGGUUCGUGCAUUAAUAUUAAUGCGUAAUCGUAAUUUAAUCGGAUGUCAGGAACUAGCAGAAGUAUUUUUUCGUCUAUUACGUGUACAAGAUCGUUUACUAAAAGCACAUAUUCAAACACAUAUUAUUAAUGACAUCAAACGAAUUAAUCAAAAACAUAAAAAUCUAAAACUAAAUAGUACAUUACAAAAUUUUAUGUAUACCGUUAUAAAAGAGAAUAAUCCAGCAGCAGUCAAAGUAUCGCUGGAUAUAAUGGUUGAUUUAUAUCGUAAAAAUAUUUGGAAUGAUGCAAAAACCGUCAAUAUUAUUGCAAAUACAUGUUUUUCAAAAAUAACUAAAAUUCAAGUAGCGGCCGUGAACUUUUUUCUUGGAACUAGUAAAGCUCAAGACGAAAAUUCAGAUUCAGAUGAUGAUGAUAAACCAACUAGAAAAGAAAUUUUAUUAUCACAUCGUGUUGGAAAAAAAUCAGAAAAACGAAAAAAACGAACAGAAAGAGCAUUAAAAUUGUUAACGAAACAAUCGAAGAAGAAAAAAGUCGAAAUAUUUAAUUAUUCUGCUCUUCACUUGUUAUAUGAUCCACAAGAUUUUUCUGAGAAACUUUUUCGUCUAUUAGAAACAUCGAAUGAACGUUUUGAAGUCAAAUUACUUUUACAAGAUUUAAUCUCACGUCUCAUUGGUUUACAUCAUUUAAUUUUACUAAACUUUUAUCCAUAUAUUCAACGUUAUUUGCAGCCUCAUCAAAAAGAAGUAACAAAAAUUUUACUGUUCAUUGCACAAGCUGCCCAUGAUCUCGUGCCACCCGAUAUUUUGGAAUCAGUGUGUAAAACAAUUGCUAUGAAUUUUAUUACUGAAAGAAAUUCACAUGAAGUCAUGGCAGUUGGUCUGAAUACAAUUCGUGAAAUAUGUAGCCGUUCUCAGUUAGCAAUGAACAUGGAUUUACUUCACGAUUUGGCGAAGUACAAAACAUACCGAGAUAAAUCCGUAUCCGCAUCAGCUAGAUCAUUAAUACAGUUGUUCAGAGAAAAAAAUCCACGUUUACUAGAAAAGAAAGAUCGAGGUAAACCAACUAUAGCACAACGUGAGUUGAAACCAUUACAAUAUGGAGAAUCAGAUGCUAAAACAUAUUUACCCGGUGCCGAAUUAUUACAAAAAGAUGAGAAUAACACGAAAGAAAUGGACGAAUCGAGAGAUAAAGUGAAGAGUGACGAAAGUGAAACGGAUGAUGACGAUGAUGAUGAUGAUGAAAAAGGAUGGAUCGAUGUUUCACAUUCAGAUAAUGAGACAGAUACAGAAGAAAACGAAGAAAACGAUCAAACUAAUGAACUACCGUCAACAAAUAUGAAUGCGUCCAUGGCUGAAGAUGAACGUAUUUCGAAAGCAAUGGAGGUGGUUACAAGUCGAAUAUUAACACAAUCCGAAUUUGAACAAUUGAGGGUAACUCAAUUAAAAAAACAUCUCGAAGACAAAAGAGGAGAUAAAUCAACGUCAAAACGGAAAACAAUAACAAUUGAUACGGAUUCAGAAGACGACAAUCAAAGAACAAAUAAUGAUGAAUUAAUAUCACUACAUGAUAUCGAACGUGUUCAUAAAAAACGUCGACAUGACAGAGAAUCUCGACUUGAAACUGUAAUGGCCGGUCGUGAGGGUCGUCCAAAAUUUGGUAAAUGGAAAAAAGAAGGGAAAGGCAAAACAAAUAAAGAAAAAUUGAAAAGCAAAAAUUUCAUGAUGUUAAAACCAAAAUUAAAAGGAAAACAAAAACGAUCGUUCCGAGAGAAACAAGUUGCUCUUCGAGAUUCAUUAUUAAAACAAAAACGACUCAAAUAA